CGUGUGGGUAAAGUCCCAAUUGCAAAACAAAAUAAAGUUGAAUUUAUUUUACAACCGUGUUGCUGUGGAUAGAUUUAUAGAUUUAUACAACCAUAGCUUUGUAAAACUGUUUAUUAGCCUGUACUACAUUAGGUAGAAUGGUUGACGACGAUUACCCUCAAGAAUUAAACGACGUUUUUCGAUCAUUUGAUUCAAAAUUAUCAACGGCUGAGAAAACGUUGCAGCCUUUGUUUAAAAACCAAAGAUGCGAUCUAACGCGAGAGAUGGAACCAUUGGAGAUUGCCAAGUUAGAUUUGGUGACGGCGUAUGCCGUGAACUCAUUUUACUGGACUUACCUGAUAGCAAGUGGUGUAAACCCGAAAACGCAUCCCGUUAAACAAGAGUUGGAUCGGAUCAAAACAUACAUGGGGAAGGUGAAUGAGAUCGAGAACAGGAAAAAUGCACCAAGGUUGGAGAAGGAGGCAGCGAAACGUUUCAUCCGGAGCGCCAUGUUUGAUUCUGAUGAUAAGAAGAAAGAUGAAGAUCAUAAACCAACAUCAACUGUAGAUCAACCUAAACCCUCUGCUCCAACAUCUGAUCCUAAGACUCCAGAGUCCUCACUUCCCAAGCAACAAAGCUCCAAUAAAGACUGGAACAAGAAAAGAACAAAUAAACGAAGACGAAGUAAAAGUUCAAAGAAGAAGAAAGUUGAUGAGUCGUAAUUGGGGUUAUGAUGUCAUAAGGGGGUUAUUACAUGUCAAGAUGUCAUAGACCAGUGUCACAAAAUGAUCUGCUUUGAAUAUCUUACUGACAUAGGCGUCAUGUUUUUCAACGUUCUAGUGACUUUUUUAAAAUACAGUUACACUCAUUGUUGUCAAACAUAGGGAACCUCAUUGAUUAAUGUGGUGAAUGCAAUAUACUUUGGCUCUGCUUGUUUGUAUAGACACCUAACAGCAGUUGUUUUUUGAGGUAAAACUGAUGUGCUAAACAUCUGACAUCUUACCUGGUUCAAAAACGGGUGUUACACUCCAGGCAAUCCUAAUGUAACAUCUUUACAAACAAAAAUACCACUACUUACUUUGCCUGAAAUAAAUCCAGUUUACUACUUAACAACUUCCACUUAUUUAGGUGAAAAUGACCACUUUAUAGGUGUCGUGUAGAAAUUUAUUUUAGUUCAAAACUUUCACAGUGUUUAAAACAGCUUGGAAUAUUGGACGCAAAUACCAAGUUUCAAAAUUAGUUAAAAUGGAACGAUUGCGGUAACUUUAGUGAAAUAGAGCAAAAUAAAUAUAAACAAAAUAAAG